GCUGCUAUGAUCCCUACCAUGAUGAUGAUGGACUAAUCCUCGGAAACUAAAAAAAGAAAGUGUCUGUCUCAAGCGACCCAGUGAAUGCACAACCUCCAGUCUGAGCUUCCUUGUCCUGACACGGAGCUGACUCCUGGCUGGGAUUCCUGCCCUUUCCUUACAGAAGACUCCCAAAUUCCAACCUGAUGGAAGAGUCUUCACGCCUCCCUGCUGCAGCAGAUGUUCUGGAGGCAGGCACACAGGAAAGGAGGUGGCUGUCCCCUGUGAAACAAGUCCUGUGACUGAGCGUGGGCUCAGGCACUCAGCUCUGUGCAUGUGACUGUAGGUGUGAGCUGGUCAGAGCCUUCUGGAUUUCUGGAACUGGAAUAAAGGUGACUCUCUCUUAGUAUGUGCAGUACCCCAUUGACUCACCUUAGGUGACUGCAGGCUUGGCUGGCUGUUGCCUCCCCUCUGUCAUCUUCAUCUUCUCGUGGGGCAGCCCUGACUAGCCAGGUCUGAGCACUUUACCCCUUGUUGGCAGACUGCCAGCCCUACCUAACCUUUAAAUCCCGAGCCUGCAGAGAUCCACACACGGCAGGGCCGAGUGGUGACACCCAUACAACUAGCAAGGCACACAGCACACGGUGACCUCUGGACUCCAAGUUCCAUCCAUCCUCAGUCGCUGCAGACAGACCUGGAUCCCAAACCGCACUUGAAGCCUUUAGAACCUCCAGGAUUUAGGCCUCCCGGGAGCGGAGAUGGCGGCCUACUUGACACAAGAGAUCCCCAGCAACUAUGGCGCUGCCACCAUCAUAAAGCCUCACUCCCGGGGUCAGCAGAGUGGAGAAGAGAAAGUGGAGAAGAUGCCCCUCCACGCAGAAGACAUCCGUCCUGAGAUGAGAGAAGAUAUACACGACCCCAGCUACCAGGAUGAGGAGGGGCCCCCGCCCAAGCUGGAGUACGUCUGGAGAAACAUCAUCCUCAUGGUGCUGCUGCACGUGGGGGCCCUGUAUGGGAUCACACUGGUUCCGUCCUGCAAGCUCUACACCUGCCUCUUGGGAAUAGUCUACAAUGUAGUUGCCGCUUUGGGCAUCACGGCCGGGGCUCACCGCCUGUGGAGCCACCGAACCUACAAAGCUCGGCUGCCGCUGCGGCUCUUCCUCAUCAUGGCCAACACCAUGGCUUUCCAGAAUGACGUGUAUGAAUGGGCCCGAGAUCACCGUAUCCACCACAAGUUCACAGAAACGCACGCUGACCCUCAUGAUUCCCGCCGUGGCUUUUUCUUCUCUCACGUGGGCUGGCUGCUUGUACGCAAACACCCGGCUGUCAAAGAGAAGGGCGGAAAACUGGACAUGUCUGACCUAAAAGCCGAGAAGCUGGUCAUGUUCCAGAGGCGGUACUACAAGCCAGCUGCCGUGCUCAUCUGCAUCGUCCUGCCCACACUGGCGCCCUGGUACUUCUGGGGUGAAACGUUUCAACACAGCGUGUGCAUUGCUACUUUCCUGCGGUAUGCUAUAGUUCUCAAUGCCACCUGGCUGGUGAACAGCGCCGCCCACCUCUAUGGAUAUCGGCCAUAUGACAGGAAUAUUGGCGCCCGAGAGAACGUCCUGGUUUCAGUGGCGUCUUUUGGCGAGGGCUUCCACAACUACCACCACGCCUUCCCCUAUGACUACUCUGUCAGCGAGUACCGCUGGCACAUCAACUUCACCACAUUCUUCAUCGACUGCAUGGCUGCCCUGGGCCUGGCGUAUGACCGGAAGAGAGUGUCUAAGGCCGCUGUCUUGGCCAGGAUUAAAAGAACUGGAGAUGGGAGCCAUAAGAGUAGCUGAGUCUGGGGUCAUCUGAGUCUCUGUUCCAUAAACCAGCUGGGCCAACAUUUAACAUUCUGUUAACUACUUAAUAAUGCUACUAAAUCUCACUCCUGACAAUUUUGUGGGGGGGGAGGAUUAGGGUCUCUCUCUGAUCUAUUGAGCUCUAUAGACCAGGCUGACCUCGAACCCACAGAGAUCCUCCUACCUCUGCCCUCCAAUUUCUAGGAUUAAAGGUGUGUGCCACCA